UGCCUUUGCAUCCUGAAACGACCGCCUUUCGAAAGCCGCGACUGAGUUCGCCGUGUCACUCAGCCCAUGGGCAUUUAAGAGGAAACUAAAGCCUGGUGAGAAGAGCAACCAAACACAGCAGAUUCACAACGCAGCGAGCCACACGCCAUGCCACUCGACGGCGACAUCCCGAUGGACCGACUGUCCCGGACCCGGAGUCCGGCACAAGGCAGCAUCUUUACAUCGCACGGCCUCGACGCGGGGAAGGGCCACCCAUCCGUAUCCGGGCCCGGCUGGCCCGGCUCGCGCGGCCCCGACGGCCGGGACGAUCACGGUUCGAAAUCCCGCGUCGGCCGCAUCAUCGACUCGUUCCGCCGCGAGGCCGGCAUCAGCGCGACCGCGCUGGUGAAUAUCCCCGACCAUGACGCCAGCGAAGCUCUCGGCGUGGCCGUCGUCCGCGAACACCACGGGGGGCGGUACUACGACCUGCGCUCGGCGAACGCCAAGACGGCCAGCACGCUGCUGGCGCGCGAGCUCAAGAACCGGCACCUGCAGAUGAUUGCGAUAGGCGGGUCGAUCGGCACGGGCCUGUUCGUGGCCUCGGGGCAGGCGCUGAGCCAGGGCGGCCCGGCCUCCGUGCUGAUUGCCUACCUGGUCAUUGGCGUCAUGCUGUGGUGCACCAUGCAGGCGCUCGGCGAGAUGGCCGUGGUCUUCCCCGUGGCCGGGUCGUUCUCGGCUUUUUCGACCCGGUUUCUGGAUCCGUCUUGGGGGUUUGCCAUGGGCUGGAAUUAUGCCAUGCAGUGGAUGGUCGUCCUUCCCCUGGAAGUCAUCGCUGGCGCCAUGACCAUCGGGUACUGGAACCCUGGCAUUGACAAAGCCAUCUUCGUCACCAUUUUUCUUGCCAUCAUCGUGACUAUCAACCUGUUGGGCAUUAGAGCCUACGGCGAGGCCGAGUUUGUCUUUGCCAUCGUCAAGGUCACCGCUGUAGUGGGUUUCAUCCUACUUGGCAUCGUGAUCAACAUUGGCGGCACCCCAACGGGCGGCUACAUCGGCGGCCAGUACUGGCAAGACCCAGGUGCGUUUCACAACGGUUUCAAGGGUCUCUGCAACGUCUUCGUCACCGCGGCGUUCGCCUUCGCCGGGACCGAGCUCGUCGGGCUGGCGGCCGCCGAGACGGCCAACCCGCGCAAGUCGCUCCCGACCGCCAUCAAGCAGGUCUUCUGGCGCAUCACGCUCUUCUACAUCGUCUCGCUGACGCUGGUCGGCCUGCUGGUGCCGUACACGGACCCGCGGCUGCUCAGCGCGACGAGCAUUGCCGACGCGGCGGCCAGCCCCUUCGUGAUCGCGAUCGAGUCCGCCGGCGCGACGAUCCUGCCGAGCGUCAUGAACGCCGUCAUCCUCGUCUCGGUCAUCUCGGUCGGCAACUCGGCCGUGUUCGGCUCGUCGCGCACGCUGGCCGCGCUCGCCGCCCAGCGCCAGGCCCCGCGCGUCCUCGCCUACGUCGACCGCCGCGGCCGCCCCCUCGUCGCCGUCCUCACCGUCUCCUCCGUCGGCCUGCUCGCCUACCUCGCCGAGUUCCACGCCCAGAGCCUCGUCUUCGACUGGCUGCUGGCCGUCAGCGGCCUGAGCACCAUCUUCACCUGGGCGAGCACCUGUCUGGCGCACAUCAGGAUGCGCAAGGCGUGGGCCCUGCAGCGCCGCUCGGUCGAGGACUUGGCGUUUCGGGCGCAGGCCGGCGUCCUGGGGAGCUGGGUUGGGCUCGUCUGUAAUAUCUGUGUUUUGGUGGCGCAGAUUUGGGUGGCCCUCUCGCCGCUCCCCGGGAACAGAGGCGAUGGGAGCGCGGUGGACUUGGCGAAGAACUUUUUUGUCCAGUGUCUGGCGAUCCCGGUGGUGCUGGUUUUCUGGCUGGGCCAUAAGCUGUGGUUCCGGACCCGCUUUGUGACUGCGGAGGAGAUGGAUAUUGACACGGGAAGGAGGGACUUCGGGCGGUUAGAGAUUAUCAAGGCGCAGGAGGACGAAGAGCGUCAAUCUUGGCCGAUGUGGAAGCAUUUUUAUAGGUUUAUCUGUUGACUUCAGUGCUCCGUUGGUUAUCAAAUAGGAUUUUUGAUUUUUUUGCGUUGAUCGCCGACAUUCGGUUCUUCAGGGCAAAGUGAUCCCGAGAUGUUUCGGACUUGCG